AUGUCAAAAUAUCUCUCGAAGGAAGAGAUGGAAGUAGCCAUGAAAAAAAUGGCAUACCAAGGAGACGCCGCCGCGAAGCUAAGAGAAAUACGUCACCUCCAAACACCACACAAGCCAGAAAAGGACGACGGCCUAAUAGAGUUGGACGGUUCGGGGGAGUAUUAUAAUACUCUAGAAAAGGACAAGGAAGAGACUGGUGAUAGAAUAGAGGUGAAUGGUUCAGGGGGGACGUAUGAUAUUACUCCAGCGAAACAAAUUACUCAGGGCCUCCACUGGUAUUUUGAUCGUGAUAUGGGGCCGGAGAUAGCGGCCGAGACUGCGCGGCAGAAACGGAGUAGUAGCCGGAGAGAUAGCAAUAGUAAUACGGGAGGUACUGGCGUAGGUCGUAGAGAUGUUAAGGCGGUUGUGGUGGAUACGCUCGGUAGGUUGGGCCGUGCGGGAAGUAAAGGGGAGAAGGAUAGGGCGGUUGGAGAUCUGGGGAUGAGGAGAUCUAAGUCUGAAUAA